AUGGAAGCAGCAGCCAAACACUUCCCAGCCAAAAAGGAUGCAGCACCAACCUCAAACGACCCAUCUCAACCAGGCGCUCAACUGCCCCCCGGCAUGGAAACAGCCAGACAGUACACAGCAGACGAAAUGUGGCAGAUGCUCAACAAGUCCCCGCUCUUCAUGACCGAGCUGGACGAGACGGGCGAAGACGGCGGUGAAAACGUAGCCCUCGAAGCAAUCAAAGCCCUCGCCUACGAGGGCACCCGCGCCGAAAACGCCGCCUCCUUCCGCGAACAAGGAAACGAAAACGCCCGUCUUAAGCGUUGGAAGGACGCCCGUGAAUUCUACGAUCGCGCUCUGGGCGCUCUGAAACUGCCCCAGAAGCGUGCAGAUGCGGUCGAAGGCGACGAAGACGUCGAGCACGACUUGGUCGAACUGGACCCAGAGGAAGAAGCACGCAAAGAAAAAGAACACGAAGAGGCAUCACUGGUCAACCGCGCCCUCUGCAACCUCGAAUUGAAAAACUACGGCUCAUGCAACCGCGACUGUGCGGCUGCUCUCAAACUCAACCCUCUGAACGUAAAAGCAUACUACCGCAGCGGCAUGGCAAACUUCCACCUCGACAAACUACCCGCAGCAAGCUGGUCUUGCGACUUGGGUCUCAAAACCGACCCGACCAACAAAUCCCUGCUUAUCCUGCAAGAAAAGAUCGCAAAACGCAGAGCACAGAUCGAGAAAGCCGAACGCGAACAGCACGAACGAGAAGAAAAAGCCCGCAAAGAAAAAGAAACAUUGGCACUGGCAUUGAAAGGCCGCAACAUCGCAACGAGAUCCACAACGACGGCACCACCUCAACUUGAAGACGCAGCCGUGCAACUCGAAGACCCGACGGAUGCAGCAUCGACUCUGAGUUUCCCUUGCUUACUCCUCUACCCUCUGCACAACCAAACGGAUUUCAUCAAGUCCUUUGCCGAAGACGAAUCAGUAGGCCAACAUCUCGAGUACAUUUUCCCAUUGCCUUGGGACGAAGACGAGCAAUACCUACCCGAAAACGUCGAAUGCUACAUCGAGACCACAACAGGAGGUCUGGUAAAAGCAGGCAAGAAGAUGGCAUUACUCAGGAUAUUGAACACCGGCAAAGUGGAAAUCGUGGAUUCUCUGCUCAGGAUCAAUGUUGUGCCAAAGAACAGAGCACAGGAAUGGGUGGACAACUUCAAGAAGAUCAAAGCUGCCGCUAAAUAG